CAAAAAUAAAUUCCCACCAAAAGCUCUCCACCUCUCACUCACCAUCUCCAUCCAUGGCUUCUCCUUCUCUGCUCCUCUCCUUCCUAACUCUCCUCCUCCUCUCCAUCCAAUCACACUCCGCCACAUGUCCUUCCCAGACCUUCUCCAGCAACAGAAUCUUCACCCUCUGCGUUGAUCUCCCCCACCUCAGCUCCUCCCUUCACUGGACCUACAACGCCUCUUCAUCCACCCUCCAUCUCGCCUUCGUCGCCCCACCGGCCUCAUCCAACGGUUGGAUCUCAUGGGCUAUCAACCCUACCGGCCCCGCCAUGAUCGGCUCCCAGUCCCUCAUCGCCUUCCGCAAUUCCAGCGGCUUGAUCGCCGUCCAGACCUUCAACAUCAGCGACUACGUGAUCAAGCCGUCCAAGAUCGCCUAUAACGUGUCGAACUUGGUGGGGGAGUAUUCGGACGGUGUGAUGAGGAUCUUCGCGACGGUGGAUCUCCCAACGGGUCUGACAACUUUGAAUCAAGUCUGGCAGGUGGGCCACAGCGUAACGGAUGGGAUUCCUGAUAAGCACGACCUCUUGUCGGAGAAUAUGAAUUCUAAGGGGACGAUUGAUUUGCUGAAGGGCGAGAGCGGAUCGAGCGGCACUGAUUCGCGGCUGCGGAAGCGGAAUAUUCAUGGAAUCCUGAAUGCUGUGAGUUGGGGGAUUUUAAUGCCUUUUGGAGUAAUCUUUGCAAGGUAUCUGAGGACAUUCAAAUCAGCAGAUCCUGCUUGGUUUUACCUUCAUGCCUCGUGCCAGUGUUCCGCUUAUGUCAUCGGAGUCGCUGGCUGGGCCACUGGCCUCAAACUCGGGGGUCAAUCUAAGGGAGUUCAGUACAAUGGUCAUCGGAAUAUCGGGAUUGCACUCUUCACUCUGGCUACAUUACAGGUGUUCGCUCUGUUUCUGAGGCCGAAGAAGGACCACAAAUUUCGAAUCUACUGGAACUACUACCACCAUUCGAUUGGAUACUCGGUGAUUGUCCUCGGCAUCAUCAAUGUUUUCAAAGGCCUACAUAUUUUGAGCCCUGAUGAUAAGUGGAGAAUUGCUUAUGUUGCCAUUAUCGCCGCCAUUGGUGGAAUCGCUGUUCUCUUGGAAGUUAUUACAUGGGUUGUAGUUUUAACUAGGAAGUCUGAUAACUCCAACAAGCUCUAUGAUGGAUCAGAUGCCGCAAACGGGAACCGGAGUGGGUUAUAGUCGCUUGGUUCGGAUCGAAUGAGGCCCCGCAUAGUGGAUUCUCUUUCUGUGGUUCUGAUUCUCUUCUGAUCAGAAGGUUUGAUGGUUUCUUGCUGAGAUUUUUUCCCCUCUUUUCUUUAUGUAUACAGGUUUAAUCUAAUAUACAUACAUGUAUUGGGUGUUUUUUUUUUUUUUUCCUUCCUGUUAUUUCAGGUUUUGUUCAUAUAGGGUAGGUUUUACAUUCUCUAGUGAUGUUUGUUAUCAUUUGGCAUAUGCAUGGAUUUCUUUCGUUAGAA